CACCGUUUAAUAAACUUUGUGAUAAGUCCUGUAUAACACGUUCUCAACUUAAUUUCUAAGUUUGUAUUGUUGUUUGUAUGAGGGCAUGAUUAUUCACGAAUAGUAUUGAUCAAAUUGUAGCAUUAGAUUGCGUGACAUGGUAAAGGCCUAUAUACAUAGUAGUAAAUACAAUGCUCCAUGGCAUAGCGGAGUUGCAAGAGUUGCUAUCGAUCUGUUCUUUCUAUUUAUCGAACAAACACCAGUGACUAGUCGUCUUAUUUUGAAGUUUGAUCUGCACGAGCAGUGUUCUCCAAGCAGUGGUAUAGAUUAGUUAGUAUUCACAUUAAUUGUGAGUUGUCCGGUACAAUACGCUUUGAAUUUUAUUGUAAGAUGGGUGAAGAAUAUAAUCCAGUUAGAAACAUUUGUUCGCAGACAAAGCGCUUCCGGACAGCAACUGUAAAAGCAAAAAUUCUGAACACUGAACGACUCAGUAACAUUGGGUUGGACAUGUCUGAAUUACGUUGCAAGGAUUUGGCAAAUUUUCAGUGCUGCAUAGGAUCACGGCCCCUGAAUUCGAGUAAAUAUUUUAGUGAUUCCCGGAAUAAUCAGUCGGGAUGUUCUCAAUUAAAAAAUCACGACGACUAUUAUGGUUCCAUGUUUUUGAGCAACAAUAUCAGUACCAAUAAUAGCACAAAUCCUCAACUUUCAGAAGGUUUUGAAGAUCGCUCUACUCGCAAUCAUGUCGGUCGUUUUUCAAAUGUUGUGAGUCUGACGACGAGCAAUCAUAAAGCUUCUCGUGUUCGAGAAAUUACGAGAGAAAUUAGUCAACAUUUUCUUGCAAACGACUCAUCUAAAAAAUUUGCAUCACGCUUCCCAAACUUCCAGACGAAAAUUACACAAAUAAGCAACAUCGACACCGAUAUAGAAGAAAAAUCAGAACGAUCAAGUGAUGGUACCACAAAUUCUCACCGGAUCAACAAGUCUACUUGGAAAUUAAAUAAAGAUUUCAAUGACACUCCAUCAGAUUCUCAAUCGAAUUUAAAUGGUUGGCUAUACUUUGUAGAAUGUUCUACUGACAUCCCUAUGACAAAAUUUGCAAAGAAAAAAGAAAUUGCUCCACGUGAACUUUUUCAAAAGUGCGAAAUUUGUGGGAACUCAUUUGGGACGGCUGGCUUCAAGAUACACCAACCUCGUUGUUCUCAAACAAAAAUAACAGAUGCUAGCCAGCAGAUGGAUAUCCCGAAAAACACUCGUUUUCGCGGACAGGUCCAAUAUCAAAUGAAGGAACUUUCCACUGCAAUAAAUACAAAUUCUAACUGCAAAAAGCAAGAAAAGGAUAAGAUAUCAGAAUCGCAAACGAAAUUCAAACAAAUCGUUUGUGACAUUUGCAACCGUCAAUUUGGAUCACACUCCAUUUCAAUUCAUCGGCCUCAGUGCCUAAAAAAAAUCAACCAGAAGAUUCCACCAACUGGUCAAUUGAAAAAUUAAGCAAAUAUUAAGCAACACGUGAUUAAUAGAAAUUCAAAGAAAAAGAAAUUCAAAACAUCGUAUCUUAAUUGUGUAAAUUUCUUUUAUAACCAAGAUGGAAAUGUUGCCGCUGCUACAAUCUUCCCUACUAACACAGCGAUGUACCAUGGAUAUGACUGCAGCGUACUCCCAAGGAUAAGGGAGAUACAAACAGCAUAUCCAUGGAAUGCUUCAUGUUGAUCCUUAUUUCCCCUUCCCCGUACGUACCAUUUGUAUGUCCCUUGAAUAUACCGGUUUGUGUAUACACAGUAUCCUUAAAUAACAUCCAUCUUUGGAUAUGAUUUCUGUUAGAAAAUAAAAGAUAAAAGUCUCA